ACAGGGCUACUACGGCGCGCGCUCGCAGACUAAACGGAAUCUGACAUCUGUACAGCCCUCGCUCUAAUCGCGUUUAACUCUUUUAUCUCUGGAUGAAAAGUCUUCUGGUGUAGCCUACGGCUCUCUGUCAGUUACGCGGGUGAUGAGCGGCGCCGUGCGCUCCGAGAGGAAGGGCAUCUCAUGUCCAACGCUAGACCCGAACUGCUCGCGCAUCGCGGAAAGCCUCUCCUCGUGGAACAACUCCGUGAUGAGCGCGUACAGGCUGGUGGAUUUACCCCCCACGACCACAUCUGUUGCCAUGGUGGAAGAAUCCGUUUACCCUUUCCCAACAGUGGACGUGCCUGAUCAUGCUCAUUACACUAUUGGUGCUGUCAUCCUUGCUGUUGGCAUUACUGGCAUGUUGGGCAACUUCCUGGUCAUCUAUGCAUUCAGCAGGAGCCGGACCCUGAGGACACCUGCCAACUUGUUCAUAAUAAACCUUGCCAUCACAGACUUCCUCAUGUGUGUCACUCAGGCGCCCAUCUUUUUCACCACCAGCAUGCACAAGAGGUGGAUCUUUGGAGAAAAAGGUUGUGAGUUGUAUGCAUUCUGUGGGGCUUUGUUUGGCAUCUGCUCCAUGAUCACUCUCAUGGUGAUCGCUGUGGAUCGAUAUUUCGUGAUCACGCGGCCUCUAGCCUCCAUCGGGGUGUUGUCUCAGAAGAGAGCUCUGCUGAUCCUUCUGAUAGCUUGGGCUUAUUCACUUGGCUGGAGCCUGCCACCCUUCUUUGGCUGGAGUGCUUAUGUUCCUGAAGGGCUGUUGACCUCUUGCACCUGGGAUUAUAUGACCUUCACACCCUCCGUGCGAGCUUACACUAUGCUCCUCUUCAUCUUCGUCUUCUUUAUUCCACUUAUCGUCAUCAUCUAUUGCUAUUUCUUUAUUUUCCGAUCCAUUCGCAGCACUAAUGAAGCUGUGGGCAAAAUUAAUGGCGAUAACAAGAGAGACUCAAUUAAACAAUUUCAACGGCUGAAAAAUGAAUGGAAGAUGGCGAAAAUUGCUCUUAUUGUCAUUCUCAUGUAUGUCAUCUCCUGGUCUCCAUAUUCAACUGUGGCACUGACAGCUUUUGCUGGGUAUUCUGAUAUGCUCACACCGUAUAUGAAUUCAGUACCUGCUGUGAUAGCCAAGGCUUCAGCAAUCCACAAUCCCAUCAUUUACGCCAUCACACACCCCAAAUACAGGUUGGCCAUAGCGAAAUACAUCCCGUUUCUUCGUGUGCUGUUGUGCGUCCCCAAGCGUGACCUUCAUUCACUCCACAGCAGCUUUAUGUCCACACGUCGUUCCACCGUCACUAGCCAGUCCUCUGAUAUGUCCGGACAGUUUCGCAGAACCAGCACCGGCAAGUCUCGGCUCUCCUCAGCCUCCGACAGCGAAUCUGGCUGGACAGAUACUGAGGCCGAUCUCUCGAGCAUGAGCUCCAGGCCUGCCAGCCGACAGGUGUCUUGUGACAUCAGCAAGGACACUGCAGAGAUCCCUGACUUCAAACCUUGUAACUCAUCCAGCUUCAAAUCAAAGCUCAAAAGCCAUGACUCGGGCAUCUUUGAAAAGGCUGGUGAUGGUACAGACGUGCCAAUUUCAAGAUGUGCGAUUGGUCGGAUUCCCAGUAUUGUCAUCACCUCUAAGUCGAGCACUUUCCUGCCCUCGGUACGGCCGAGCUACAGAAGCAGGGCAAACCCACCCAGGACAGACUCUCGUGGAGGAGUCCAGCAGGGGGCAGUGCAUCUCUCCACUGCGGCUGAAACCCCUGAGUCCACUCACUUAUUAGACAACCCUCGCCCUCAGUAUCUCUAAUGCUUACACCUCUUCUUACCUUCAAGCUUUGUGUUGAGGUUUAGUGUUUUUGUGAGUUAUCCUGUUCUGUGGUUUACAGUUGAAGGAAGGGAAACUUGAAAUGAAGACAAACCUUGAGAGAUGAAUCAGUGCUCUGUAUCACAGAAUGUAAAAUAUGAAAGUCAUACAUUGAUGUCUUUUACACAUUUUUAUGAUGACCUCAACUGUUACGCAAUAUCCACCAUCUUUGUUUCCCUUUAUUUGAAGGAAGCAUUUAACAGACAGUGCUUUGAAUCAGGCAAAGUUACCGCUCAGUCCAUGGAGACUUGGAUGGAUGGAGAGAAAAAGAGCAUCUCAGAUUAUUUUAGGCUGUCAUUAAUGUCUAAUGGCAUAUACAGGUAAUAUCAGCUUACUUAGGGAGUUCUUUGUGUUUGCUUCAGUAUUAAGCUUUAAGUUUCUUUUAUCUUUAUAAACUUUUUGACGAUGUCAUUUCAUCUGAUAAGACUCUACCUGAAUGUUUUGCUUGACAGGAUAAUCUUAAAACUGUGGUGUGUGAGUUCUGCUCAUGAGACUGAAAUGCUUGCUUCCACAGAACCUUAAAUGUAUGCAAUAUGAAGCCAUAUUACAACUUAGAAUCCUGUUUUAUCUGUUUAGUGAUAUUGGGGUUUUCAUUUGGAAUUAACUUGUAUUUUUAUCCAAAAUGCCAAUAGUGUAGUUUUAAGAUAGGAAGCCUGUGCAAUUAUGCCCAUGAGAUCGGAUUUUUGAAAGCAUUGGAAUCAUUUCUGGUUUUGACCUGUUUAGAUUUAUUUGUCUUUUUAGUUUCUUUUUAAUGUUUUUAGGUUGUAAAUGUGUUGUUGUUGUUGUUGUAUAAUUCUUUUAAAAUUACUAAAGGCCUCUGAAAGUAACAGUCUGGUGCAACAGAACCCUAAGAGCUUCAGCUUUAAGAAUGUGGAAUUUCAUUUGUUAUCAGUUUGCAAAUAUGGGCUAUAUAUAACUUAGUGAAUAUAGAAACAGCAUCUCAAUUCACCUAAAGCAUAUGUUUUUCAUCUGUUUAGCUAAUGUAAUCUAGUGAUUGGAGGGAUAAAAAGAUUUUUGUAUUGCUUUGGAAAUAAAUUGCAUAUUAAACAGCACAAGCCACAGAAUGCAUAUGACUGAAGCAGGGACACAUCAUUAUCUCACUAAUGCAUACAUGCUAUGUGUAUUUCCAUCAAUCUAUCAUCGAGAUGAAUGACCUUAAUGAAUAUUGAUCACAUGCAGCUCGCAUGUGCAUCCACCUCUACAGCCAUAUUGUUGUUGUUGUUUUUUUGCUGUUCUUUAUGUUUUUAAUUAUCACUGUUUCACUAUUCACUUUAGAGCACACAAUCAAAUUAUAUUCAUCUAUUAGUGUUUGAACACACCAUUCUGCCUUUUUACUCAGAGGCUGGAUUGAACUCAAAUGUGAUGGUGGCUGCGCUUCUAGAUAGUUCUGGAAGAAACGGUUUAGGAAAUAAACAUUGUGGCGCUCUUUGGAGUUAUAGUGUAGGCUUGUACUUGAGUGGUUUGUUUGUAAAAAGGAGUCAUUUAUUUGUCCAGAUCAUAUAUUUUCGUUACUAUUAAGUAUAAUCUCACAUUGUACCAGAAUAUAUAUUUGUUCAUGUGUAUCCACAUGAACAUGAAAGACAAUAUAUAUGUAUCCAACACCAAGGAGAACAUUAUUGUAUAUUUGUAAUGCUCUUAUGUGGUUGUUUUUAUUAUUAUUAUUUUUAAAUAAACCUGCAGUUCUACA